AAUAGCUACAGUUGUCGAAGUAAGCACUGGUUGCUAGGUGGGGCUUCCAAAGACUUUAUAAAAACCAGAAGUCCUAGGCUUAGUCCCUCCAGUCUGUAGUUUUCCAGACUAGACAAUAAUAUUUCUGUGAGUUGGGGCAAGGAAAAGAAAGCUGAAUCAGCAUGGCUAUGGUGCAGGAAUUUCUGAAGCAGGCCUAUUUUAUGGACAAUGAUGAACCACAAUAUGUGAAAAAUUCGAAAACUGGGUCAGCUGUCCAUGCUUAUCCCAGUUUCAAUCCUUCAGCUGAUGCUGCCGCACUGGACCAAGCCAUAAAUGCCAAAGGAGUUGAUGAAGCAACCAUUAUCGAUAUUUGUACCAAAAGAAACAAUGCUCAGCGGCAGCAGAUCAAAGCUGCCUAUCAGCAGUUAAAGGGAAAGCCUUUGGAAGAUGCUUUGAAAAAAGCACUCAAAAGCCACCUGGAGGAUGUUAUCUUGGCUCUUUUGAAGACUCCAGCCCAGUUUGAUGCUGAGGAACUCAGGUAUUCCAUGAAGGGGCUUGGGACUGAUGAAGAUACCUUAAUUGAGCUUUUGGCAUCAAGAAACAACAAACAAAUCAGAGAAGCCACCAGAGCAUAUCAGGAAGUUUUUAAGAGAGAUCUGGCCAAGGACAUUGUAUCAGACACAUCUGGAGACUUUCAGAAGGCUUUGCUUGCCUUAGCCAAGGGUGACCGUGAUGAAAAUCCUCAUGUGAAUGAUGAACUGGCAGAUAAUGAUGCACGGGCCUUGUAUGAGGCUGGCGAAAGGAAAAAAGGAACAGAUAUUGAUGUCUUUAUUAAGAUCCUCACUACAAGGAGUCUUCCACACCUCCGAAGAACUUUUCAGAAAUACACCAAAUAUAGCCAGCAUGACAUGAACAAAGUUCUGGACCUGGAGCUGAAAGGAGACAUUGAGAAUUGCUUGACUGCAAUUGUGAAAUGUGCCACAAGCAAGCCUGCUUUCUUUGCUGAAAAGCUGCAUUUGGCAAUGAAGGGUUCUGGAACACGCCACAAAAUUCUGAACAGGAUUAUGGUGUCUCGUUCUGAAGUUGACAUGAAUGAGAUCAAAGGUUAUUACAAGGCAAUGUAUGGCAAAUCCCUUCCACAGGCUAUUUUGGAUGAAACAAAAGGUGAUUAUGAAGCCAUCCUGGUGGCUUUGUGUGGUGGCGACAACUGAGUCUCAUGUCCUUCAUAUGCGUUUCAACCACUCUGUUGAGGAUAUCAUUCCUUUUAAGCUGAAGCUGUUACAUAUAUGAGCAUGAUAAUGUCUGUAAGCAGAGAGUCAUCUCUGAAAUAGAUUAGUGUCCAGUUUUCAUAUCUUGUAAAACUGUAGCCUAGGAAAAAAUAAUUCUUAUUCUUCAUGACUUGUGUUGCAUUUGCUUUUUUAUACAUUAUUAUUCAAAACCAAAGAGCAUAUUGAGAACAACUGUAUUUGCUUUUACAUUGUUAGUCGAAGUAAAAGGUACAGAACUUGCCAGAGCAGGUCUAAGUAACAUUCCAAAUAAAAUUAAACUUGUCAUCUCUA